AAAGAUCGCCAAAUAGGCAAAAAUUCGAAAAAAAUUGUUGUUUUUUUGUCUUAAAUGAUUCGAAAGAAUUUAUUUACAGCAAUUACAAGUCGCACUACUACUUCUAUGACAACGAAGGUGUGUCGUGAACUUUGGCCGUAUCUGUUUGUAUAACGUUUGACUCCCGUCGGUGCCUGAUUUAUUUCGAUAAUUCGUCUCUCUUACGAUGGCAGCUAAUAUUAUUACUAAGGUCCUUAGAAGUGGUCGGCGGUGUGGUGUUCAAUGUUUGCGUCCAUAUUCAAAUGCAGGAUUCAGUUUUUCACUUACUGAAGAUCAGAAAGAUAUGCAGCAACUUGCUCGCAAGUUUGCCCGGGAAGAAAUCAUGCCAAUUGCAGCACAUCAUGACAAAACUGGAGAAUAUCCUUGGGAUAUUGUAAAGAAAGUAUUUGAUCUUGGCCUUAUAAAUACACACAUUCCUAAAGAGUAUGGUGGUUUGGGUUUAGGAAUAGCUGAUUCUUGUAUUACAACAGAAGAAUUAGCUUAUGGAUGUACAGGUAUCCAAACUGCAAUUGAAGCAAAUUCCCUUGGGCAAGUACCAGUAAUUUUAGCAGGAAAUGAUGCCCAAAAGAAGAAAUAUCUUGCACGAAUGCUAGAAGAGCCACUAAUGUGUGCUUAUUGUGUGACCGAACCAGGUGCUGGCUCUGAUGUUGCUGGUAUCAAAACGAAAGCUGUGAAGAAGGGCAAUGAAUAUGUGAUCAAUGGUCAGAAAAUGUGGAUAACAAACGGAGGAGUUGCUAAUUGGUAUUUCUUGUUGGCACGAACAGAUCCAGACCCCAAAGCCUCAGCCGGUAAAGCUUUUACUGGCUUCAUUGUAGAUGCAGAUACACCUGGAAUAAUAAAAGGCAGAAAGGAAUGGAAUAUGGGACAAAGAGCAUCAGACACCAGAGGUAUCACAUUUGAAGAUGUUGUUGUUCCUGCUGAGAAUGUUCUUGGUGCAGAAGGUAUUGGUUUCAAGAUUGCAAUGGGCGCUUUCGACAAGACACGACCUGCAGUGGCAGCAGGAGCUUGUGGAUUAGCACAAAGAGCCUUUGAUGAAGCUACAAAAUAUUCAAUGGAGAGAAAAACCAUGGGGCAACCCAUUUGUACACACCAAGCUGUUGCCUUUAUGUUGGCCGAUAUGGCAAUUGGAAUUGAAUCAGCACGAAUGAUGACGUAUAAAUCUGCUUGGGAAAUCGACAACGGUAUCCGAAAUACUUACAAUGCUUCAAUUGCCAAAUGUUUGGCAGGAGAUGUUGCAAAUAAAUGUACAACUGAUGCUGUACAGAUAUUUGGUGGAAAUGGUUUCAACAGCGAUUAUCCAGUUGAAAAACUAAUGAGAGAUGCUAAGAUUUACCAGAUUUAUGAGGGUACGGCUCAAAUUCAAAGACUAAUUAUAUCAAGAGAACAUUUAAAUCAAGCCAAGAAGAACAUGUAAUGUUUGAUAUCUUUGGAUAAACCACUUUGGUCUGAAUGAUAUUGCUGUCUUCAUUUAUAACAUGGUACAUUAACAGAAGUUGAUUGAGAUAUAGGAUUUUUUUAAAUAGAAAAUAAUCAUUAAAAAUGUUUGGGUUUUGAAAUCAUUCAUGCAAAUAAUUCUAACAGCUAAAAUUAUUUACUAUGAAAUAGAUGCAAACACCUGCAACCUAUAAUUCGUUACAAACACAUUGUAGCCAAAGGUAAUAUUAGCUGUAUUGAUUAAUUUUUAUCAUCAGAUAAAUGUAUAUUCUUGAUUUUAUUUUCAAUUUUUAUUUUUUAUGUCAAGAUAACAAUAUAUUAACUAAUUUUUAUUUCCAAAUCUUACUUUUUAUUAUAAAUUAAAUUUUACUUCCUAGUUUUAAAGUAGUCUUUUUAAAAUUUUUUUCUUUUACUUAUUCCAGCUAUUAGGAAAUGUUUAAACUUUUCUCAGUUUUAUGGCAUUAUAUUGUUGAGAGAUAUUACCUACUCUGAGUAGGAUACCAUCUUUUGCUACUUUUGGCCAUACAAGGAUAUAUAUUUGGAAGUAACAGUUAAUUUUGCCAUGAGCUGUGCUUCCUUGUGGAAUCUAUUAGCAGAUUAGAGGACUAAGAUAAUGACCUUUUGAGGACCAAAAUAUCAAGCAUUUGAGGACUGAGAUAUUGAGCAUUUACUUAAGUUUCAUUUAAAUUUAUCUUUCAUAUGCUUGGUAUACAGUAAUCAUGUGUAGGACACCCCGACUUAACAUUACAGUUACUAUUUUAAUUACCUCUACAUUAACUUUUUAACUAUUUUAACACU